AAUUUUUAUUCCCAAAGGUCGAAUGCAAGACUUUUAAUUUAGGGAGAAGGAAUCUCAACCAUUCCACCAAAACCCCAUAUGUUAUUCGCCAACUUGCUACACCCCAACACCUUCUGCUCCUCCAGUUUAUAAGUAACCUAGCUUAGCAAUCUCUUGUCAAUACAAUCCUCUUGGCUUAAUCCUAUUCUUUCUACUGAGGCAAAUUAAAUCUUCACUUUCCUCCAAAACUUGUUCUCCUUGUCUGGGUUACAAUCUUUCAUUGCACUCAUCCUCUAGCCAUAUUCUUGAUCACAAGUCACUACAUAAAUUAUUAGCUCAAAUAAUAUUAUUCUGCAAUGGCUACUUGGACAGCAAAACAGAACAAGAAAUUCGAGGAGGCAUUGGCUUUAUAUGACAAAGACACUUCUGAUCGCUGGAAUAAUAUUGCAAGGUGUGUAGGUGGAAAAUCAGCAGAGGAAGUGAGAAGGCAUUAUGAACUGCUUGUAAAGGAUAUCAUGCAGAUAGAAAAUGAUCAAGUACCUUUGCCCAAUUACAGAACUGCUGGAAGCGAUGGCAGAGGUUAUGCUAAUGAACAAAGGCUUAUGAAGAAUCUGAAGUUACAGUGAGAAGAAGAUUACAUUGAUGCUCAAUACCAUCAGAGGAUCAAGUAUAAUUUGUUUACAUCUUCCCCUUCAGCUAUCCUAGCCUAGUUUCUUGUAUUACAAACUUUUUCUACUAACGUACUACUACUAUUAUUGUUCAUCCAUGUCUAUUUUGCUUUGUAAUAAAUUAACAUGUAUGGGAAUUAAACAAUGUCUCCUUUUCUCUCUUUUUCUUUUGAAAUUUUGCC